GACAAAUCCACGUCCGUCCAUCUAGAGCGAGCGAGAGAGAGAGGAAGCUUCUCUGAUUCCGCGGUUCGGCUCGCCCGGCCAUGAUAGAGAUAAAGCAAUGAUUCGCUCCGGCUAGCAUCGCAUCUGAUCGAUCACUCUCAAUCCCCUGCAGCUCCCGCCCACCCACCCACAGGCGUCGCUCUCGCCGGAGCUGCAGCGGCGACGCGGGCCUCGGCGCAGCGGGAUCUCCCACCCUCCGCCCACCGUCGCCGCCUCGCCGGCCGACCCAGGCAGCGCAGCGCAACGAUCGGUCACAAACAAGAACGACCAAGGCGCGCCCCUCAAGCGGCGUCGUCGUCCUCGUCCUCGUCCCCCCCGAGACCCCGAGCGCGGAGGAAAAAGUCAACCCGGAUCCAUCCACGAGAAGAGAUGGGGUCGUUCAAGGGGCACGUGCUCCCGGGCACGCUGUUCCUGGCGGUGGGGCUGUGGCGGGUGUGGUCGUCGGCGGCGCGGCACGCCGCGGACCCGUCGUCGUUCCGGGUGCGCGCGUGGAGCCCCGCGCCGGCGCCCGGGCCGGCGCGGCUGCUGGAGCUCUACGUCGUGGCGGGCGGCGCGCUGGCGGACAUGUGCGUGGAGGUGCUCUACUCCACGCACCUCCGGAUAUUCGCCGGCGGCGAGGUCAACCCGGCGCACCUCAACGACCUCGAGCACGGCGGCAUGCUGCUCAUGUUCUUCCUCUUCGGCGCGCUCGCUCUCGCGUCCCAGCUCUGGCCCAGGCACUUCCCGCUGACGGACGGAGCGCUGUGCCUGGUGGCGGCGACGGCGUUCACGGCGGAGCUGGUGCUCUUCUACUUCCACUCCACGACGCACAUGGGGCUGGAGGGCUACUACCACUACCUGCUGGUGCUGCUGGUGGGCCUGUGCGUGGCCGCCGCCGUCCUCGGCGCGCUCCUGCCGGACAGCUUCCCGGCCGACCUGGCCUCGGGCGUCCUCGUCGCGCUGCAGGGGCUCUGGUUCUACCAGACGGCGCUGGCGCUGUACGGGCCCAUGCUGCCCGCGGGCUGCGCCCGCGACGCCGACGCCCACGUCGAGUGCCGCUCGCGCGCCGCGCAGGAGCGCGCCGAGCAGCUCGCCAUCUCCCAGCUCUUCGCCCUCGUGCUCCUCGCCUUCCUCUACGCGCUCGGGUGCUACGCCGUCGCUGCCGCCAGGUACGGGCAACCCCCGGAGCUGGCCGUGGUUCGUCAUAGGCACGCCGCGGCCGUGGAGCUGGAGUGCCGGCAGGGUGAUGACGCUGGCGCGCUGGAGGAGUGCGCGAUCUAGUGGCCAGGCCAGUGGUGAUGGCUGCUCUGGAUGGAGUCUGCUGGACUCUGCCUUUUGGGUUUGGUGUAGUAGCCGUAUAGGAAAUUCAGAUUUCAUAGUACAUGCGUGGGCAGAAGUAGCUUGCAGCUUGUUCGCUGCGGCUUGCUGCGGCUGCAAUCCGGCUGCGGCUGCGGCUUCUACAGUAUUUUUCUCUCUAUGGAUUGCAGCUGCAGCAGUCCAAACAGCUGCAACAGUGUCGGCUUGUAGCCAGCCGAACACACCCUUGGAGUUUUCAGGCUUUCGAUAUCAGGGAGGGCAGGGCAGGCAGGGAGUGUACAUGUUCGGAUUAACUAUCACCAAAGCUUUUGGGUUUCAUUUCA